UCUUAAAGCUGUGAUCACAGUUUAAAAAUAUUGUUUUAGAUGUGACAAAUAACGCAUAUUGCAUAGAUUUAGCAGGCUAAAGUAAAGAUAGCCUGUUAGCUACUGUGGCUAGCUACACUCGAAGCUAGCCCAACUUUCAUGACAGUUGCUCAGUGGAUGCACUCCAGUGUUCGCCAUAUUGACCCAUGAUGCACACCCCUAUCUUUAUGUCCGAAAUUCGACACAAAUAAUUAUUAAAGAAGAUUCCCCAAACAGCCUCAUUAUAUAUUGAAAUGUGAAUUUAGUGUAUUUUGUAGGCUAGCUGUGCCAAAGAGUGAACAACUACUCUUCUCAUCAACUCUCUGGCCAGGGAAGAGUUCCCCGACUCUCCUAUUCAUCCCCAUAAGAUUAUCAGCUCUCCUACACAUACGCAUUUUGAGGAUAAAGAAUAAAAAAUAGAGAUAUUUCAAACAUAAUAAAUAAUUAGACUAAUAAAGUUCGAAGCCAGAAUCACUUCAUAGCAUGAUAUCCAGUUUUAGUCGUUGUUAGGAGAUUGGCCUUUGAUGAUCACGAUACUUUGAUGCCUUUACUCCACAUGGCUCUAUUCUGCUGCCUUUCUUAGGUUCUCGUAGCACCUUUGCUGUAUGUUUUAUCCACUUUUGUUUGUGGGAUGUUUGUCUUUUAUGGCUGCAGCAUGGGUGAAAGCCCUAGCCAACAUUUCAACUUAGUGGCACAACAAAAUAGUCUUGAAUUGUGAACAGGCUCCCAAUGCAUAACAGUGAUUGUCACAGAUUGCUUGUCAGCUGCAGUUCCGACCACCUGACAUAAACACGGCUGUAGCUACCACCUGAUAUAAACACGGCUGUAGGUACGACCACCUGACAUAAACACAGCUGUAGGUACGACCACCUGACAUAAACACGGCUGUAGGUACGACCACCUGACAUAAACACUGCUGUAGCUACAACCACCCGACAUAAACACUGCUGUAGCAACGACCACCCGACAUAAACACUGCUGUAGCUACGACCACGACAUAAACACGGCUGUAGCUAUGACCACCUGACAUAAACACUGCUGUAGCUAUAACCACGUGUCAUAAACACUGCUGUAGCUACAACCUUCAAAAAGCUAGUAAAAAAAUAAGAAUUCUGCUGAGUUAUAUAGGCACUGUGGAAAGAAAUGAAUAGAAUGGUAUCUCGUGUGUGUGUUUGUGUGUGGUGGAGCAGCAGGAAGAUGGAGAGUUUGGGAGUGCAGGCGGUGGCGUUAAGUGACGGCUCCACUGCCUACAUUGAACAGGCCAUCAAAGACGGGAACCUGGUGGAAGGAGACGCCGUUCAGCUGGAGGACGGCACCACGGCCUACAUCCAGCAGGUCACCGUGCAGCACAAAGAGCCCCUCCCUUUUGAGGAUGGCCAGGCGGUGCAGCUGGAGGACGGCACCAUGGCAUAUAUCCAUCACACACCCAGAGAUGGGUACGACCCCAGCGGCGUGGAGGCGGUGCAGCUGGAGGACGGCAGCACGGCGUACAUCCACCACCCGUCAGCCGCGCUGCCGCCAGGGGGCGCUCUGGAGGAGCUGGCGGGAGACGAAGGCGCCAAGCCAGACACCAUCAGCACCCUGGACAGCUAUGGGUCUGAGACCGAUGUGAGCGAAGCUAUGUGUGGCGCUAACAGCCUGCUGGAUCAUACCACUGUGCAGGUGGUGUUUGAAGGGAAGUGGGGGCCGUCUAAAAACCAGCAGGUCGCAGAGAAGAGCUUCCGCUGUGACUACGAAGGCUGUGGACGCCUCUACACCACCGCACACCACCUCAAAGUGCACGAGCGUGCUCACACGGGCGUGCGCCCGUACAGGUGUGAGCUGGCGUCGUGCGGGAAGGCCUUCGCCACGGGCUACGGCCUCAAGUCCCACCUGCGCACACACACUGGGGAGAAGCCCUACAAGUGCCCUGAGGACAUGUGCUACAAGGCCUUCAAGACCUCCGGAGACCUGCAGAAACACGUGCGGACACACACCGGUGAGAAGCCAUUCCAGUGUCCGUUUGAGGGCUGUGGCCGCUCGUUCACCACCUCCAACAUCCGGAAGGUUCACAUCAGGACGCACACAGGCGAGCGGCCCUACAUGUGCCCCCAGCCGUCCUGCGGGCGCGGCUUCGCCAGCGCCACCAACUACAAGAACCACAUGAGGAUCCACACAGGAGAGAAGCCGUACCUGUGCACGGUCCCCAACUGUGGGAAGCGUUUCACGGAGUACUCCAGCCUGUACAAGCACCACGUGGUGCACACACACUGCAAGCCCUACAGCUGCAGCCACUGUGGCAAGACCUACCGGCAGACGUCCACGCUGGCCAUGCACAAGCGCACCAGCCACGGAGACUUUGACACGGCCGCGGAGCAGGAUGACACGGAGGCGAUAGACACCGCCCUUGACCAACCACAAGACUCCUACCUGGAGGGGGCGGAGCAGCAGGAGGAAGAGGAGGAGCCUCAGGGCCUGUCACCCAACGAUCUGCACGCCAUCACCAUGGUGACCCAGGAUGGCACCACCAUCGCUGUGCCGGGACGGCAGACGGAGCGACACGUUACCAUGGUUACCGGGGAAGGGAACGAGCUGCAGCCAGUUGCCAUAGUGACGUCGGACGGCCUGGUGCGGGGGGGCACGGCGUCUCUGUACCAGCAGGUGGCGCUGCUGGCCACGGCUAACGGCACCCAGAUAGCCGUCCAGCUGGAGGACCAGCAGACCCUGGAGGAGGCCAUCAGCAUGGCCACAGCCGCCAUCCAGCACGGAGGACUGGUCCCCGAGGGGGACAGCUGACCCCCCUCCUGCACCCCUCUGAGGGGGGCUUGGCACCCGGCUCACUCCCAGACCUCCAGGACCCCCCCUGGAACACUCCUCUUCUGAAGUUGUGGAAGACAACCGUCAACCAAUCACACCCUGAGAGGAGGGGCCGUGAGGGCUGGUCAUGAUGACACCGGGGGUGGGGGGGGAGAGAGAGUUGGGGUCAGUGCUGGGAUUUUAUUUAUUUGGCCUUUUUGACUUUUCUUUUGCCAUGGUGUAGUAUCCUGGAGAUGCAGCUCUGUGUGGCCCGGCUCAGGCUAACAGGGUUCAGCAGGGACUGCUGCAGGGCUUCGGUUUGCUUCUUUAACACUUUAAAACGUUGACUAUGAGUUUGGGUUCGAGUUCAGGUGGGACCGACCACAGGCACUUCAAGUUCUACUGGUGCUGAACAGUCGGUGGACAUUGUGAGUUGGUCUGAGAAGUACUUGGUACUAGGAAAUAACACAAGUCUUCUCUGAAGAAACUGUCAAAGUGUGUUGACGUGAAGAGCUACAGGCUUGUUCGUCUGCAUCUGUGAUUAGCAGGUGGACAAGCACAGAGGUAGAAACACAAACUUUCUGUGACAUAUCAAGUUUGGGGUUCAUGCAUGACUUCACACAUGUGUCAAUAAACUAGCUUUAUCUUUU